AUGUCUGACAUUGUUCAGUUCAAGAUCGGGAAAACUAGGGCCAGACUUGUUGCUCAGUGGCAGGAAAUGAUUGUGCUCUCGUCAGUCAAUAAUCCUGCACAUGGAAACGAGGGGCUGCGAAGGACGGCUUCCCUCCUUUUUAACCCCCUCCUCAAUUUUUAUACCGCUGCCGGAUCCACUCGGGACGUCGCAGCAAGCAUUUCAAGCGUUCUAAAUACAGGAGGAUAUGUAGCUGGCUUGAGUAAUACUGACACGAUGGAAAAGAAAAAUACAUACAUCGACAACGAGUCUUUGGAGGUCAGUUUGGUUCAGGAUCCAGACAUCGUUAGAGGUUGUUUCGACCAGGGGACUUUGAAAACAUACGUGACUCUACCGCCCGUUGCGCUGAACAUGCCUUCCAUUGUUCGUUUAUGCCCUGGAUUCCUACUACAAGAAGCGUUCGAUUGGAAGCUCGCACCAACAACCCCUGUCAGAAAGUGUCAACGACUUUGGGAUGACCCUAAAGGUUGGCUGAGUUCCUCGAAGGCGAAGACAGUCGUCGAUCUUGCUGUGGCAAAGGACCCGUAUUAUGAGUAUGAGCGCGCGUUGCUACAGACCCGCCCGAGCAACUUGAACAAUGGCGGAGUAACCCGGGUCCCCUUUUUUCAGAAAAUAGUGGAAGUCAUCAAGACCCCAGAUACGGAUGGUUGGAAGGCUUGGCGCAAGAAUCUAGGCUCGGAUCUUGUCGUCCCUGCCGCGGUUGCAGCCCUUAGCACCUUGAUGGAACAGCAGAGAUAUUGUCGACAGACACCAGAAGCAGACGGCACGUUUCAGCCAUCCCCAGGCACUCAACAAGGGUGGAUUACUUGGGUCUCUGACGCAGAUCCAGAUUGGGUCUAA